CAGGACGCUCCAAACAGUCCUUAGUGGGCAAAAUGUUCCACCGCCUAGGUCAGGUAACUAGCUGGAUAUCGGGCUGGCACAUCAGGCUGGGCAGUGGACAGAGGCACAUCAGGCGGAGCAGCGGGCAGAGGCACAUCAGGCGGAGCAGCGGGCACCGGGCCAUCAGGCGAGGCAACGGGCACCGAGUCAUCGGGCAUAACAGCGGGCACCGGCUCGACAGCGGGCACCGAGUCAUCUGGCACGACAGCGAGCACCGAGUCACCAAGCUCGACAGCGGGCACCGAGUCAUCUGGCUCGACAGCGGGCACCGAGUCACCUGGCUCGACAGCGGGCACCGAGUCAUCUGGCACGACAGCGGACACCGAGUCAUCUGGCACGACAGCGGACACCGAGUCAUCUGGCACGACAGCGGACACCGAGUCAUCUGGCAGAACAGCGGGCACCAAGGCACCAGGCCGGAUCAAGGGCACCGAGGCACCAGGCCGGAUCAAGGGCACCGAGGCACCAGGCCGGACCACGGGCACCGAGGCACCAGGCCGGACCACGGGCACCGAGGCACCAGGCCGGACCACGGGCAUCGAGGCACCAGGCAGGAGCGGGUC